CUCUCACCUGAAGCCCGUUUCCUCUCUCUCUCUCUCUCUCUCUCUCUCUCUCUCUCUCUGUGAAAGGCGAGCCUUUUCACACUCGAUGCUCCCACUCACUCCCAUCUGAUUUCUCUCUCACAUCCAAAACCAUGCCAUCUCGCCAGCCAUCUCCUCCCAUCCCUCCAUCUCAGCCGUCCAUCAGUAGGCCACAUCACCUGUCCCCACUCCUCUUCCCUCUAACAGCCUCCCUCACCGUCCUCCUCCUCGUCCUCCUCCUCAUCCUCUUCCUCUACCGAAAGUUCUCCCGCCCCAGGACCGCACCCUCACCACUCCUCCCGCCGCACCACCCCCACUCCUUCCCUUACUCCGUCCUGAGGCGCUCCACCUCUUCCUUCUCCCCCUCUCUCAAGCUCGGCCAGGGCGGGUUCGGGUCCGUCUUUCGGGCCUCUCUCCCUCCUUCCUCCUUCCCAGCCGCCGUCAAGCUCAUGGACUCCGGCUCUCUCCAGGGCGAGCGGGAAUUCCACAACGAACUCUCCCUGGCCCCCAUAAUCAAUGGCUCUGAUCGCAUCGUCUCCCUACUCGGCUUCUGCUCCCAUCCUCGCCCUCGCCGCCUUCUCCUCGUCUACGAGCUCAUGCCCAACGGCAGCCUCCAGGACGCUCUUCUCGAUCGCCGCUGUCCUGAGCUCAUGUCAUGGUCCCGCCGCUUCUCCGUCGCCGUCGACAUCGCUCGCGGCCUUGAGUUCCUGCACGCCGUCUGCGAUCCGCCCGUAAUUCACGGCGACAUCAAGCCGAGCAAUGUCCUUCUUGAUUGCGAUUUCCACGCCAAGAUCGCCGAUUUCGGGCUCGCCCGGCUUAAGACAGAUUCGUGCUCGUCGGUGGUUGAGAUCGAGCCGGCGGCGAAGGCGGAUGGGCCGGGGAAGGGGAAGAAGAGGAGGGAAGAGAUGGAGGAGGCUGGGUCGGCAAUUGAAGAGCCGGAGAGCAUCAUGACGGCGACGGCGGGUUUUGAGGAUGCGGUGAAUGGGAAUGCGGGUUUCGUUGUUGCUGUGGACGCCUCGCCGGAGGCAUCGCCGGAAACGGUCUUUGGUGUGGACGCAUCGAAUUCGGAGAUCCUGGACAAGACGAGCCUGGACAAGACGAGCGUAUCAGAGGGGUGUUUUGAUAAGCUUAGCGUCGAUAGCGGGAAGGAGAUGGGUGGGGCCCGGUCAGUGGGCGGGCAGCCGCGGAAGAAGGGGGUUGCUGGUAAGGACUGGUGGUGGCGGCAGGAUAAUGCAGGGAGCUCUGAAGCCGGUGGGGUGAAGGACUAUGUGAUGGAGUGGAUCGGGACAGAGAUCAAGAAGGAGAGACCGAAGAGCGAUUGGAUUGCAGCAUCCACGGCCGAAAAUGGGAAAUUGGUGGGGAAGACGGAGCGGAAGAAGCAGCAGCGGCGGCUGGAAUGGUGGGCUUCCUUGGAUGAGGAUCGGGCGCCGAAGAAGGAGAAGAGCCGGCCCGCACGGGAGUGGUGGCGGGAGGAGUUCUGCGAGGAGCUGAGUAAGAAGAAGAAGAAGAAGCGGAUCUCCGAGUCGAGUGGUGGUGGGGCUGAUGGAGGGGAGCAGUGGUGGCAGCGGGAUGAUGAGGCAGACCCGCCAGUGAAGAAGAAGAAGAAGAACCGCAGCCGUAGCAGCCGGAGUAGCAUGGAUUGGUGGAUGGAUGGGUUGAGUGGGGAAUUCCGAUUUGGGCGGCGCAACAGCCUGGACUGGAUGAGUGGUGAGAUCCCGAAAAGUGGCGGUGUGAGCAGUACUCCUAGCAUGAGAGGAACUGUAUGUUAUGUUGCCCCGGAGUAUGGCGGCGGCGGGCCGCUCUCUGAAAAAUGCGAUGUGUAUAGCUUUGGAGUCCUGCUGUUGGUUCUGGUCUCUGGCCGGCGGCCACUCCAGGUGACGGCCUCGCCGAUGUCAGAAUUUGAACGUGCAAACCUCAUCUCAUGGGCCCGCCACCUCGCUCGUACAGGGAAGCUUCUAGAUCUUGUCGACCCUGAUCUCCAGAACUUGGAUCAGGACCAGGCUCUCAUGUGCAUCACAGUGGCACUCCUCUGCCUGCAGCGAUCGCCAUCACAACGGCCCAAUGUCAAAGAAGUUGCUGCGAUGCUUUCUGGGGAAUCCGAGGCACCCCACCUGCCCGUGGAGUUCUCACCAUCGCCACCAUCUGGAUUUCCAUUCAGGUCACGGAAGAAGGCCCGGUGAGUUACUGAUACUCCCACAUUGGCUUUUCAUGGCCUGUGGCGUGGUUGCCUGAUUGGAUCUUGAUGAAAUAUCCAUCAUCCUUCCAUGAUAUGAUUCGUGCAUGAAAAUGGUGUCCAUGGAUUUUGGGCUCUCUUCACUUCAUCCUGUUUCAACACGGCUGGCCUAUGAAUUCAACCCCAGCAAAACCUGUUCGGCAAUGACCAUGAUCGUAUCAAAAAACAGAGAAGAUCAAAGAGACAGACAGGUCCACUUCUUUUUUUGUUGAAUUUCAGGAAUGUAAUGAUUGUAAAGUUGCGGGUGCCUGCAUUGUUGGUUCUGGUUGUUAGACCACACUAAUCAAUAACAUUCAUACGUGUUCGAAGCCCA